AUGAACCUGAUUCAGGAAUCUAUGUUGCGACAAGAAGUCACAACGCAAAGGAGCCAGGACACUCUCAAUAAUAUGACAGCCAUGAUGCAAUGGCAGGUCAACAGGCAGUUCAGGAAGGACCGUGAGGCUGCCAUAGCCAAAAUUCCAAAUUCGGAUGCUGUAGUCCAGCAGCUAGACCUUCCCUAUGGUCCCCCACCAGGAUUGGCAUGGCCAUGUCAGGAGAAUCCUCUUAUUGCACAGAUAACUAGGAUGCCAGAACAUGGGGAAAUUUAG